CUUUCAUUUCUGUGAAUCUGAGCUGUGAACUAUAGAAACACAGAGUGAACAACAGCAGAGUACAGUUCUAGAAGGAGUCAUAGUUCCACUAAUCAGGAGGUCUAGACGGAGUCAUAGUUCCACUAAUCAGGAGGUCUAGAAGGAGUCAUAGUUCCACUAAUCACGAGGUCUAGACGGAGUCAUAGUUCCACUAAUCAGGAGGUCUAGAAGGAGUCAUAGUUCCACUAAUCAGGAGGUCUAGAAGGAGUCAUAGUACCACUAAUCAGGUCUAGAAGGAGUCAUAAUACCAUUAAUCAGGUCUAGAAGGAUCAUAGUUCCACUAAUCAGGAGGUAUAGAAGGUAUCAUAGUGCCACUAAUCAGGAGGUCUAGAAGGAGUCAUAGUUCCACUAAUCAGAAGGUCUAGAAGGAGUCAUAGUGCCACUAAUCAGGAGGUCUAGAAGGAGUCAUAGUUCCACUAAUCAGGAGGUCUAGAAGGAGUCAUAGUACCACUAAUCAGGUCUAGAAGGAGUCAUAAUACCACUAAUCAGGUCUAGAAGGAUCAUAGUUCCACUAAUCAGGAGGUAUAGAAGGAGUCAUAAGCCAUGAUUCCAUAAGCACCUACUCGGCGCGGUGCUGCUCGGCUCGUCUUUGUUUGCGAGCGUUUCCAUAUGGAUUAGUGCAUGGUAUCAGGCACGAUUUUCCAUACCUUCUCGGCUGAGGUUCCAACCGAGAUGAAGUGAGCCGAGAUGUGACGUCUACAUAGUGCAGGCCACUGAUUGGACAGGAGUGCAGGCCACUGAUAGGACAGGGAGUGACGACACACGAGAGCGACUCCAGCACGAAAACAAAACCGGCAUUAAAAAAAAACUAAACAGCGACGGUGUACAUUGCUCUUCACGGACCUCUCUGUUCUUCAUAAUUUUAAUAUGACAGCCAGACCUGUACCGUGGGUGAAUGAAGAGGUUGAGACUUUUCUGUCUUUGGUGGUGGACCAAAGAAUACAGAGGGAGCUGGACGGAGAAAGUUUAUCAGGAGGUCUCUGAGCGGAUGGCCGCUCACAUAUACAGUAGACUGUAUAUAAAGAGGACAGAAGCAGUGUAGGGAGAAGCUGAAAAAGCUCAAAAAUGACUAUUGGUCCACCAAGGACCACAGCGGCCGGCGUGGGUCAACCAGGAGGUGUUGGAAGAGGUUUAAUGGAAGCUAUUUACUGGCACCGCACCGACAAGCAACAGGAGGGAGACUCAGCUGCUGCAUUAUUGGAGACGUUCGAGGACGAAUCCCUUUCCACAUGCGAAGCCUGCUCCACCUCCGUCAUGGAGCCCCCAGCUCCCCUGCCUCCUCUCCAGCACCAGCUUCAACACCAGUACCAGCUCGGACACCGACCCUGUCAACAUCAACGUAACAGCAACGUCUUAUCACCGAGAUCGUCCAUGAAGAUGUGAAGAUGAGUUCAGAUGGAGAAAGUGAUCCAGCUUCUUCUUCAGAUGAUGUUCAGAGUCCAGUUAGAGUCCGAAUGAGGAACAAGAAGAUCUCCACAGAGGACAUCAACAAACGUCUGUCCUUACCUGCCGACAUCCGUCUCCCUGACGACUACCUGGAGAAGUUUAAUGUGAUUGGUCCGGCUUUGUUUGAGCAGCCAAUCAGCAGGCGGCUGCGUCGGGUGUCUUUGUCAGAAAUUGGUUUUGGGAAACUGGAGACAUACAUCAAACUGGACAAACUGGGAGAGGGAACCUAUGCUACGGUGUAUAAAGGUCGCAGUAAGCUGACGGAGAACCUUGUUGCUCUGAAAGAGAUCCGACUGGAACAUGAAGAAGGAGCUCCGUGUACUGCGAUCAGAGAAGUGUCUCUGCUGAAGGAUCUGAAACAUGCCAACAUCGUCACGCUUCAUGACAUCAUUCACACGCAGAAAUCCCUCACACUGGUGUUCGAAUACCUGGACAAAGAUCUGAAACAGUACCUGGAUGACUGUGGAAACACCAUCCACAUGCACAACGUCAAGCUCUUCCUGUUCCAGCUGCUUAGAGGUUUGUCCUACUGUCACCGCAGGAAGGUUCUCCAUCGAGACCUGAAGCCUCAGAACCUGCUGAUCAACGAGAGAGGAGAACUCAAACUGGCUGACUUUGGUCUGGCUCGAGCUAAGUCCAUCCCCACUAAGACGUACUCUAAUGAGGUGGUGACUCUGUGGUAUCGACCUCCAGACAUCCUGCUGGGCAGCACCGACUACUCCACACACAUCGACAUGUGGGGUGUGGGCUGUAUCUUCUAUGAGAUGGCGACAGGCCGUCCUCUGUUUCCUGGGUCUACGGUUGAGGAGGAACUUCACUUCAUCUUCAAACUGCUUGGAACUCCCACUGAGAGCAGCUGGCCUGGAAUCAGCUCUAACGAAGAGUUUGUGUCCUUUAAUUACCCACAAUACCGAGCAGAGAGGCUGAGCAACCACACACCCAGGCUGAGCAGUGACGGAGUGGAGCUGCUGUCAAAGUUCCUGCAGUUUGAAGGGAAGAAGAGGGUCUCAGCUGACCACGCCAUGAGUCACCAUUACUUCAGUCACUUUGGAAACAGAGUGAUGUCACUUUCUGACACAACGUCCAUCUUCAGCCUGCCAGAGAUUCACCUGGAGAGAGAAACAACGAGGCCACCGGCAGCACCUGAGCCAGCAAACAGUCCAACCAGGAGGCGGAGCCUGCUGUUCUGACAUCAUCAGGGAGGCGGGGUCUGCAAAGGGAAACUGAACAAAUGAAGAAGAAAACAGUGAACUUGUUUAUCAGGAACAGAAGAAGAGUCUUGGGGUUUACACACAGAUGCAAUAAUGAGUGACAGCAGCUUCCUGACCAAUCAGAGUGUCUGGUUUCAGGUGAUGGACAGGUGAAGGAGGGAACGCUGCUCUGUCUUCCAUUUUAGAGUCUCACAGGAUCCUAGGAUGUUAUGGAAACAGCUGUAAACGCUGCUCUGUCAGAGUGACAUCAGCAAUGACAUCACAGGUGUGUUUACAGCUGCAGGUGGGACUCACCUUUAGCUGUCUCCGGCUGCAGGAGGAGCUGCUUUAGUGUUUCUGUAAAAUCAGCUGAUCUGUGGACGUGUUGCUUUCCUCUGCAUGUGAGACUUUAUACUACAAUACUUUAUAUAUAUAUACUACUAGUACUGCUGCCAGUAUAUGCAGUACUACUAUCAACCUGCAGUAUUUAUCAUUAGAGACUUUAUUUUGCCAGGAGCUAUUGAUUAUUUAUUGGUUUUAUGUUUAUUGGAGAUGUUUUAGAUGAUGUGAUAUCAUCAGAGCUUCAGUGACAUCACAACCUCCGCUUCACUGACGGGAUGAUCCUGGACUGAUUGGUUGUUUCUGCACAGACUCUGUUAAUGACCACUACAGCUACCGUAUUGAUUAUUAGUUUAUUGACAAGUCCUUCCAGAUGUUCCUGUUUUUCAGUCUGUGUGGAACCAACUAAGAGCUGACGGUCACCUGCCAGGUGAGUCCAGGUGUCAGUGGGCGGAGCUUGAUAUUUCAGGUAGUGUUUGCGGUCAUUGCUGAUGUGAAACUUUAUUUCUAGUUGUGAAGAAUCUUAGCAAUAGAGAGACAAUAAUAAUAAUAAUAACUGAUCAGAUUGAUUGAUCUGCUGUACAAAUGUAGAGAGACGUUCUCCAACAAACAUCCAUGUUCCACCAAGAACCCAGAGUUCUUCAGCCAAUCACAGGGCUUAGAGACCAGCCAAUCAGAGGAGAGCCUGAGGAGGUCCAGUCAGAAGAGUUGCUGACUGGUUCUAGCUGCUGCUGAAUAAUUACAAUAUUUGAUCAACCAAGUCUGGACAAAGUUUCUCCAGAACCUCCUCAGAACAUCUGGUUCUUCAUCUCUGGUAACUUUAUCAAUGAUCAGAGUUCUACCUUCAUACUGGGUAUAUUUCCAGAGUUCCAGGUCCUUGAGGUCCAUAGAGGAGAACGUCCCCUGGAGAAAGUUCUAGAGUAGACCUACUCUAGAACUUUCUCCAGUUGUCAGUAGGUCUACUCCAGAACUUUCUCCAGUUGUCGGUAGGUCUACUCUAGAACUUUCUCCAGUUGUCGGUAGGUCUGCUCUAGAACUUUCUCCAGUUGUCGGUAGGUCUACUCUAGAACUUUCUCCAGGGGAUGUUCUCCUUUCUUGGUUCCAGUCUUUAAGUUACUUUUCACUUUUUAGUGAACUUUUUCAUCAUUUUUGAGCCUCAGAACUUCGUUAGAACUCCAUCAGCUCUUCAUCUGAACUUCAUUAGAACGUCAUCAGAUCUUCUCCAGAGCAGCAGAUGGACCCACCUGGUAUGUUCUGCUGCCCGUUGGCUGGUUCUGAUGGAUCAAUGGAACAUGGAGGCUGGUUCUGGUGGAACCUGGAGGCUGUUGGUGUUCGUCUGUGAACUUCCUGUGAACCUGUGUGUGAAUGAUGUCAUAAAGGGGGUGGAGUCAAAGGGAGUGUAAAUGAAUGUACUGCAGUUUACAGCCACCACGUAUUAUUGAUUAUUGAUUACCUGCUGCUCAGAGAACAGACGUCUGACUGCUGAUCGAUCAGGAAUGGGCUCAGGCCUGAACUGGUUUUCGAGAUUCAGCGGUUAUUGAUGGUUUAUUUUUCCAGAGUGGGUUUCUCUGCUUCUCUCUGUCGUACCAAAGUUAUCUGCAAUAACUGCACUGCAUGCUGGGAAUCUUCCAGAUAACUUCAGUAAUCUUCCAUGUGAACCAUCACCAUGUCAGUAUUAAAGCUCUUUAUUUAUUACA